AUACACUUUACCCCCUGUAAUGUUAGCGAGUUUAGGGUUACCCCCUGGUAAAGUUAUUUUUUCAAUACCCCCUUAUGUUAUGUAGAUUCCUUCAUAGAACCCCCUAAUAUCCAGGUGGCAUGGAAUCUUGGUUUUUUAUUUCAGACGUGGCUUUUUAAUUUUUUUAUUUUCACAUGUGAAUCUUCAUUAGGUCUCCAGCAUGGCAUAAACUAGAAAUUAGGGUUCCAAAUCCAUCCCUCUCUCUCUUCGUGAAAUCCAUCCCUAUCCCAAGUCAAUUGAAAACCCCGGUCGCAAAUUUUGGAAAUGCAGGAAUUAUAUGGACCAUUUUACAAAGUUGCAAACUCUAAUCCUUCGACAAGACAAGCCUCAACUUGAGGACAAUGCUGUUGAGGCUGUUUCAAAAUUCUGUCCCGACCUGCAGGUUCUGGACCUCACCAAAAGUUUCAAGCUUACCGAUCGUUCGCUGUAUGCUAUAGCUUUAGGUUGUUGUGAUCUUAUAAAACUCAACAUCAGUGGCUGUUCAGCUUUUAGUGACAAAGCUUUGGCUUAUCUAGCUAGUUUAUGCAGAAAGCUGAAAGUUUUGAAUCUGUGUGGUUGUGUUAAAGCUGUAUCAGAUACUGCAUUACAGGCAAUUGGACAUUACUGCAACGAGUUACAGUUUUUGAACCUUGGAUGGUGUGAACAAAUAAGUGAUGUUGGUGUGAUGAGUUUAGCAUAUGGGUGCCCUGAUCUUAGAACACUUGACUUAUGUGGUUGUGUCCUUAUAACAGAUGAAAGUGUAAUAGCAUUGGCAAAUAGGUGUCCUCAUCUGAGGUCACUUGGGCUGUACUACUGCAAAAACAUAACAGACAGAGCAAUGUAUUCAUUGGCACAGAGCAAAGUGAAAAACAAGAUGUGGGGAUCUGUGAAUGGUGAGAAUGAUGAGGAUGGUUUAAGGACUUUGAACAUUAGUCAGUGUACAUCACUCACCCCUUCAGCUGUUCAGGCUGUUUGUGACUCAUUCCCUGCACUUCAUACCUGCUCAGGAAGACAUUCACUCAUCAUUAGUGGCUGUUUGAAUCUCACGUCUGUGCAUUGUGCUUGUUGCGCUCGGCCUCACCGGGCUAUAAACGCUUUCCCUCACUCGGCUCAUUGAACCAAAUAGAUGUUUAUGUUGAGGUCUGUAUAUUAUGUACAAAACCUUGAACUUGUCUUGGACGUUUCUUGUAUUUUCUGAAUUUCAUGUGAUGCUAGUUUAGGCCAUUUUGGAUGUAAAUAUUGGUUUAUUCCAAGUUUGCCUAUGAAUUUACGGUAGGACAUUGUGGUAUUAUGGAAGGAUGUUAAUAUGAUGUUAGAUUUCUUUGUUUU